CUUCAGAGAAUUUGAGUAGUAUUAUAGUGAUGCCAUUACCAACGAUCCGGGUAUCGUCAAAUGAGCAGGGCUCGUCACGGGCAAGGCAGUCACCUGAUGACGACCCACCCGAGGAUAGGAGUUCUGGGUAUCAUGAGGAUCUCUCGAUGUCACAGAGUGGUAGUAAUAGUAGAUGGCUCAAAGCGGAUGCAGAAGACUUCGUGCCUCAUACAUCAUCUCAGUGUAAAUCGGAGACAGGCAGUCUCUCGGGAGCGCUUAGUGUCGGAUCGGGUGCAGUAGGAAGCAGGCGUGGUAUAACUACAUCGGGGGACUCUUCAUCGUCAUCGAGCUUUCAGCCUGGUAUAGAGGAUGGUGAUGAGAUUACAUGGCUCAAUCGUAUGGCAUGCGAACAUGGUGUUAAUACGAGUCGCAGUGAUGAUGAAGGCCCAUAUAAGCUGUUUGUAGGGUGUUUACCGUUCGAUACGACGGAGCAUGACUUAUUCCCUCUAUUCGCACAGUUUGGUGAAAUAGUAGAAUUGGCUAUACAACGGGAUAGGGAAGGACGAAGCAAGGGCUGUGCAUGGCUGAAAUACCUCACACGAGAGUCCUGCGAUGAUUGCAUCGCUAGACUGCAUGGACAGUUUUAUGUCGGACAUGUUCGUGCUGCUAUGCAAGUAAAAUACGCAACAGGGGAGCUUGAGAAAAGAGAAAACCGUGUCUAUUUAAUCGGCCUACCUAGAGAUGAGACGGUGAUGGCCGAGCAUGAGCUUCUGACAGCUCUCGAUGCAUAUGGGGAGAUUAGAGAGUUCGUACUCUUCCGGCAAGGGGGUCGCAGCGUUGGUGCAUGUUUUGUCAAGUUCACUGCUAGAGAGCCUGCAGCCGCCCUCGUACAAGCGUGCCACCUACGUCAAUUCCACGUCAAUGACAAUAUACAUCUACCUGCAGUACGGGCGUACUUCGCUACCCAGAUCAGACGUUUCUCGAGCAUGGGUUCAUCUCAAUCACCGAAUUCACAACUUGAAAGAGGACAGCCCCUGAAGGGUCCCAGCAGUAGAGAUGUAAAGAGCACUGCUGGGUUUGAAGAUAAGAGUCAGCAGGAGGAAUCCCUAAGAACAGGAGGAGGAGGAGGCUCUCAAGCACCUGGGGUUGAUCGCUCGCCCGAUCCUACUUCUACUGGCUUACUCAGACCUGCAGACUCCGAAAGCAAUCCUGAAACGCGACAGCCUCCGAGUGUCCUGGUGCCCAGUCCGAAUCUCCCACAGGAAGGUCUUACUCCGGCUAAGCUUUUCGUUGGGUGCCUACCGUAUAGUAAGACGACGCUCGACUUGGCGCAAUUGUUCGGACAGUUUGGUCCGAUCCUUGAGGUUGCCUUGCUUACUAAUUCUGAGGGGAAGUCCAAGGGUGCUGCUUUUGUUACAUUUGCUUACGCUCCUGAUGCUGAGGCUGCGAUGUCUAUGAAUGAGUAUUGUUUUCCGGGCUCAUCACGAUCUAUCAACGUAUCAUAUGCUACCAAUCAGACAUGGGUGCCUGGUGGUAUGGGCAAUAACAACAACAACAAUGGUCGUAAUGCCCUCCCUAGAGGGCAAGGAGGCAACGUCUCAAGGACCGGUGGCGGCGGGGGCGGUGGCACUCAGUCGUACUUCCCCCUCAAACACGGCAUUCCUGGUGCUGCUGGAAGCCCACCGUUGAUGUUUACCUCUAAUCGUAAUCCAACAGUGAGCUCAGUAGCAAGCACAGCAUAUGAUCAGUCGCCACCAUUCGGCCCUUUAGCUUCUGUCGGGGGGAUACUGCUACCUGUUGAAUCUCUCCAUCAAGGACAUCAUCAUCAUCAUCCUGGCAACGGUGCACCUCAACUACAUGAUAUACCGGAUCUUAGCCCAACUGACUAACAGUGUCCGUCAGCGCGUAACUACGUCCAUUGCUCGUUACUAACUUGUCCUCUACGACUCCUGCUAUACCGAUGCUCUUGAUGAUAGUUUAAGUAGAUGUAUAGUGAAUGCUAUCAAUACAAGCUCAGUGCCAAGGUCAUUGCAUGUAUAGGCUCUGUGCUCAAGCUCUUCUACUACUUCUACCAUGACUAUUACACUACACUACUGUAUUUACUGUUAUUAUUACUGAUGCUAAGUAGUAGAGCUUCAUGCUCAUAGUGCGACUGCUAACGGGGGCUUCCUGCACCAGUCUAGUGUUAUUGCUACUAUCACUUAACCUGCAGUCUAUCCUUUUGCCGAGAUACGUUUCAAACGCGCUA